UGCGUGAAGAAGAAGAAGAGGAGGAGGAAGCGAGGAAGCAGCUUUCAAACCUGCUGGUAGGAGUGUGCGACGCAUUGCCAGGCAGCGAGUACGUGCAGACACACACACACACACACACACACACUCACACACAAAGGAACGAUGGAGCGAGUUUUCCAGGCCGGUGUGAAGACGCAGCUGUCACGCGCAGUGCGCGCGGCUCUGCUGCUGCUGUUCUGCGUCCUCACGUCUGCAGAAGAGGCCAAAAACUCCCAGUGCCACAACUACGCCGGAGGACACGUCUACCCCGGGGAGGCUUUCCGUGUGCCGGUGUCCGACCAUUCGCUGCACCUCAGCAAAGCCAAGAUUUCAAAGCCUGCACCACACUGGGAGGGAACAGCUGUCAUCAACGGAGAAUUCAAGGAACUGAAGCUGUCGGACUACAGAGGCAAAUAUCUUGUGUUUUUCUUCUAUCCUCUGGACUUCACAUUUGUCUGCCCGACUGAGAUCAUUGCCUUCAGUGAUCGUGUGCAUGAGUUCCGUGCCAUCAAUACAGAGGUGGUUGCCUGCUCAGUGGACUCCCAGUUCACCCAUCUGGCUUGGAUCAAUACUCCCAGAAAACAGGGUGGGCUAGGAGAGAUGAAAAUCCCCUUGUUGUCUGACCUGACUCACCAGAUUUCCAAAGACUAUGGCGUCUACCUGGAGGACCAGGGGCACACACUGAGAGGUCUGUUCAUCAUCGAUGACAAAGGCGUCCUGAGGCAAAUCACCAUGAACGAUCUCCCUGUGGGAAGAUCUGUGGAUGAGACCCUGCGGCUGGUCCAGGCCUUCCAGUACACAGAUAAACACGGAGAAGUAUGCCCAGCAGGAUGGAAGCCAGGCAGUGACACAAUCAUUCCCGACCCUUCGGGCAAGCUGAAGUAUUUUGAUAAAUCAAACUGAUCUGAGUUCCUGUCUUCCAAGUGUGUGAAGUCCAGCACCUGCUCCAUGUUCAAAUAAAACUUCUUUUCCUAAACUGUU